AUCCAAAUUAACCCUAUGAACACAUAAAGUGGAAGAGUAUAAAAUACAGAAAACCCGGCGAAUUUUCACAUUUCAUUGUGGGAAGAAGAAGAAGAUGGACUACAAUCUGGCAGCACUGAAAGUGUUUUGCUCACAGCUAAACAACGCUAAAGCAACCACAACUCAACAAUCACAGCCCGCUUUCACUCUUUCCGGCAUUCUCUUUCAACGUGUCUGGCUCCAGGGUAUUCUGGUUUCAACGCCGACUACUGACCCCUCUGGCCGAUUCCUCCUCGAUGAUGGCACAGGGGUCAUUGAACUCCAACUUCUCGGCGACUUCCUCACACUUUCUUGGGAGAAAGGAAUGUACGUUAUGGUUGUUGGGGUGUAUUUUGUCCAGAAAGGCGGACUCCCCUUAAUUAAGAUACACAAAAUUGUUGACCUUUCGCCACUUCCUGACCGAGAAUCGAUGUGGUACCUAGAAGUUAUUGAGAAAGAGAAACUUUACAAGCCCAGUUCCUUCCGUGAAUUGCCUUCUCCAAAGCUCUUUUGCUGCCUGUGUGAUCUCUGCACUGCUCAUCAAUUUGAUCUGUCGUGACUUUAUACCAAUCAAUUUCCUACAUAAUUUGAAAAUUGAAUUGUUAUAAAUUGGCUUAGUUUUGAGUGGGUAUUAUUAUAAAAGAUUGAGUAUGUAUUGAAGAAUAUAUAUCUGAAAUUUAAAGUGAUUUGGCAUGAAUUAUAAGGUGUUUUGGAUGGAU